AUCAUAUGUUCAUUAUUCAAGGCAUAUUUUGUGUUUCAUAACACUAAUAAACUAACUAUUACUGUCUAUUCUACUAAUUAAAAAAAAAAAAAAAAGUCAUACCUACUUCACUUAAUUAAAUACCAUAGGCAAUUGUAAUUAUUAUAAUAAAUUAAUUUGUUAAAACUUAAUAUACAUUUUUGUUGUAUUAACAACUCAAAAUGUUGAGCUUGAAACUUUUUCGCCAAACCAAUUGUAAGUAUAUGUUAUAAUUAUCAUUGUCUUUUUUUGACAUUAUUAUAACCAUAAUUUUAUUUUUUGUAUAUAGGUGCAGUUUCUGUGGCUCAAAGACAGAUGUCAUUUCGUACACUGCCCAAAUGUUUGAAUCAAUUUAACACUGUCACUCAAUUGGGCAAAAAAUCAUUAAUUGUGAGUGUUCUUAACACAAGUAUUAUUCUCUAUUUCAUUUCAUGUUAACUCUUAUAUUUUAAUUUAGAAACCACUUGUAAGUGCUCCGAUUGUUGCUCGUUUUGCUGGUAGUACUGUGGCAGUGAAGAGCGAUAAAAACCAUGCUAGUCUCUGGAGAAGUGAACGUAUUGUUUCUAUAGCACUUCUGGGAUUGUUUCCUGCUGCAAUAUUGUAUUCAUCACCAAUAGUUGAUACUUUAUUAGCAAUAAGUACUAGUAUCCAUAUUUACUGGUAAAAUCAUUAUUUAAAUAUUAUGAUAAUUAAUUUGUAAAUUGUACAAGUACAAAAGAUCCAAAUUGUAUAGCUUAAAUAAAAAAAUUGAAGUACAAUACAAUUUACUAGGUAGUUAAAAUUAAUUUAUAAGAACAGUGAAAACUCUAAGAACUCAAAUUUCAGUUGGUCUAGUUUAUUUUAGAUUCUAAGCGGAGUGAGGAAUGUAUUGGUUUUAUAAUGAUAUUUAUUUUGUUUUUUUAACAACUUUUUUACUAGAAAUUUUGCUCCAAUUUUUAAGUAAAGCAUUUUUUCAGAAAGAAGAUCUAACUGAGGUGGUACUUUGGGUAGUAAUUUUUUGGUUUUUACAUGAAGUUUUCAUAUUAAAUGGGAAAAAACAUAAGAAAUAUUAUUUUCAAAUCGUUAAUAUUAUGGCCUUUUAAAAUAUCUAUAAUCAAACUCCGCUCAGAAUCUUUUUUUUGUUAUCAAAAAUUAAUUGUUGCAUUCAAAUAUGUAUUCAAUUUCCCUCUAUAUCCCACCUUCCCAACUUCUCACCUACAAUAGUGGCUCACCCAUUGUGCAAAUUAUGUCCGUACAUUUUUUAAUUUUAUUUUUGAAUAUUUUUAAUUCCUUAUACCAAUGGAAUAUUUAGUUUUAGAAUCUUGGGUUUGAAUAAUGAUAAAAAUUCUAAAUAGAUUCAAUCACAAAAAAAAGUAUGAUUUUGAAAUAAUUUUGUUUUAGACUAUGUAAAAGUUGAGGUAAAAACUAAUUUAUAAAGGUAUUAUACACUGUACAAUAAUAAUUGUAAUAUUUGAAUACAUUUAGAUUAAAAUAUAUUGUAUUUAUUUGUGAAUUACUUGAAAAACUAAAAAUAUUAUGUUAUGUUAAUAUUAAUUUUCUUUUUUCUUUAAAGGGGUAUGGAAGCAUUAGUAGUUGACUACUUACGUGUACCAGUGGUAGGACAGCUUGCUAAUAAAGCUGGUCAUGUAGCAAUUACACUUCUUGCAAUUGUUACUUUAGCUGGAUUUUUGCAAGUCACUUUUAUGGGCGAUGGUCUUGGCAAUGCUUUGGUUCAAUUAUGGAAAUUGUAAUAUUACUUAAAUGUAUUUAAUUCUAUUCUCUUGUAGUAAAACAUGUACAUAUUAUUUUAAAUAUUCUUUUCUCCAUUAAUUUGUGUUGUAUGUAAACAAAAUAAAAUGAUUGUUAUUACAGUUACUUAAUUUAAUGUUUAUAAAUAUUUUAACUGAUGAUAGUUAAUAUAUAUAUAUAUAUAAUAUUGUAUGGUUUAUAUUUAAUUAAACCUAUAAUAUUGUAGUUGCACAGACAUUAAAAUAGAAAAUUAAGCUUAAAAGAAGUAAACAAUUGUUGGUUUAGAAUGAAAAAAUAAUAAAAACGUAUGUAUACAAACAAAUAA